CCCGGUGGCGGCGGCGCCGGAGGCGGCGGCAGAGGGGUGAACGGCUACGAUGACGUGCCCAGUUCGGGGGACUCAGAGACGACGGCAGUGGCGGAGGCGAUGCCAAGGCGGAUCCAAGGAGGGCGGAUGCCCCUUCGCUCUGCGGUGGCUACAGAGGCAGAAUGCUGAUUUCUCCUUCAUUCAUGAAGUCUACGUCCAUGGACACAGACUUUCCCAAGGAAGCUUCUUGGCACAUAAGAAUGUGCUUCCACUGGACUACAUAUUAUAUGGUGAGUGUUGUGCCUGGUGAUCCUCCUCAGACCCACUAGCCAUGCCAGGGAUUGUGGUGUUCCGUCGUCGCUGGUCUGUGGGCAGUGAUGACCUUGUGUUGCCAGCCAUCUUUCUCUUCCUCCUUCAUACCACUUGGUUUAUAAUCCUUUCUGUGGUGCUCUUCGGACUGGCAUACAAUCCCAAUGAAACCUGUUCUCUCAACUUGGUGGACCACGGCAGAGGCUAUCUGGGUAUUUUGCUCAGCUGCAUGAUCGCAGAAGUCGCAAUCAUCUGGCUCAGUAUGCGGGGCAGCAUCCUGUACACAGAACCCCGGGAUUCAAUGCAAUAUGUGCUGUACGUCAGACUGGCCAUCCUGGUGAUUGAGUUUGUCUAUGCUAUUGUGGGCAUUGUUUGGUUAACCCAGUACUACAGCUCCUGCAAUGAUGUUACUGCCAAGAGUGUCACUUUGGGAAUGGUUGUUUGUAACUGGGUUGUCAUCCUGAGUGUUUGUAUCACUGUCCUGUGCGUCUUUGAUCCAACUGGCCGGACCUUUGUUAAACUGCGAGCCACAAAGAGGAGACAACGUAACUUGAGGACAUACAACUUGCGGCACCGUUUGGAGGAGGGGCAGGCUAGCAGCUGGACCCGACGGCUCAAGGUUUUCCUUUGCUGCACACGAACAAAAGAUUCUCAGUCAGAUGCUUACUCUGAAAUUGCAUAUCUCUUUGCUGAGUUUUUCCGAGACCUUGACAUAGUCCCAUCUGACAUCAUAGCUGGCCUGGUACUUCUGCGCCAACGGCAGAGGGCAAAACGCAGUGCAGUACUGGAUGAAGCAAAUAAUGAUAUUCUAGCCUUCUUAUCAGGGAUGCCUGUAACCAGGAACACCAAAUAUUUGGAUCUGAAAAACUCACAAGAGAUGCUACGAUACAAAGAAGUUUGCUAUUAUAUGCUCUUUGCAUUGGCUGCUUAUGGCUGGCCCAUGUACCUGAUGAGAAAACCUACCUGUGGACUCUGUCGCCUGGCAAGAUCCUGCUCAUGCUGCUGUCUCUGCCCCACACGGCCCCGCUAUGCACCUGGUGUCACUAUUGAGGAAGAUAACUGCUGUGGCUGCAAUGCUAUUGCCAUUCGUCGCCACUUUCUUGAUGAAAACAUGACUUCUGUGGACAUUGUGUAUACUUCCUGUCAUGAUGCGGUUUAUGAAACGCCCUUCUAUGUGGCUGUAGAUCAUGAAAAGAAGAAAGUAGUUAUCAGUAUCCGAGGAACUUUGUCUCCAAAGGAUGCUCUGACUGAUCUCACUGGGGAUGCUGAGCGCCUCCCAGUGGAAGGUCAUCACGGAACCUGGCUUGGGCACAAGGGGAUGGUGCUGUCUGCUGAGUACAUCAAAAAGAAACUGGAGCAGGAGAUGGUGCUCUCUCAGGCCUUUGGGCGUGAUUUGGGCAGAGGAACAAAACAUUAUGGCCUCAUUGUGGUGGGCCAUUCCUUAGGAGCAGGCACAGCUGCCAUUUUGUCCUUUCUGCUGCGUCCACAGUACCCAACCCUAAAGUGCUAUGCCUAUUCUCCCCCAGGUGGCCUUUUAAGCGAGGAUGCCAUGGAGUACUCCAAAGAGUUUGUGACUGCAGUUGUGUUGGGCAAAGACCUAGUCCCCAGGAUUGGCCUCUCACAGCUGGAGGGUUUUCGCCGGCAGCUUCUUGAUGUUCUGCAGAGAAGUAACAAACCAAAGUGGAGAAUCAUUGUUGGUGCAACGAAAUGCAUACCCAAAUCUGAGCUCCCUGAAGAGCCCGAGGGGAAUUCAGUGACCAGUAACCGCCUCUGGACCCAUCCCAGUGACUUAACCAUUGCCCUGUCAGCCAGCACACCACUCUAUCCACCUGGACGCAUCAUCCAUGUGGUUCAUAAUCAUCCUGCUGAGCACUGCUGCUGCUGUGAUCAGGAGGAACCCACAUACUUUGCCAUCUGGGGAGACAACAAAGCUUUUAAUGAAGUAAUAAUCUCCCCAGCGAUGCUACAUGAGCACUUGCCAUAUGUGGUAAUGGAGGGUCUUAACAAGGUCCUGGAGAAUUACAACAAAGGCAAAACAGCUUUGCUUUCUGCAGCCAAAGUGAUGGUGAGUCCUACAGAGGUGGACCUCAAUCCAGAGUUAAUCUUCCAGAAUCAGCCCCUGUCUAACAGACCCUCUGUGCAGAUUGGAAUUGGAGACAUAGCAGUGGACAGGAGGAACAGCAGCACUAAGAGUAAGGCUCACUCUGAAAUCAGUUUGGAAGGGUUUUAUGACACCAAGCUUCUGUCUCCAGUGCAGAAGGAUCCUGUGGAGAUCCUACUUCUAGAUACCAAGGAGCGCCUGUCUGUAGAACUGCAGGACCGGCGAGCUCCUCUUGCCACAAUGGAGAGCCUGUCUGAUAAUGAAUCCAUCUACAGCUUUGAUUCAAGGCGUUCCUCCGGUUUCCGUAGCAUCCGUGGCUCACCCAGCCUCCAUGCAGUCAUGGAAAAAGAUGAGACUCACUGUUUUUAUAUUGACCCAGCAAUCCCUGAGGAGAACCCCUCUCUCAGCUCGAGGACAGAACUGCUUGCUGCUGACAGCCUCUCCAAACAUUCCCAGGAGACUCAGGCUCCUGAAGCCCUGCACAACAGUGGAGGCACCACUCCUCAGCGGCGAUGCAGUGAUGAAGGGGCAGGCAGUGACACUGACCAUGUUUCUUUCAUUCCACGGGAGGAACUGACCCUCCAGAAUGGAAGGCUUAGUGAUGCCCCAAGUCCCCAAGUGUUGGAGUUUGCAGAAUUUAUAGAUAGCCUCUUUAACCUGGACAGCAAAAGCAGCUCCUUUCAGGACAUCUACUGCAUGAUGGUAUCCGACAGCACCAGUGAUUUCGCUGAGAUGCCUAAGUCUGUCAGUGAUCAGGAGAUCCUGCUAAGAGCACAGUAUGAGCCCAACUUAGUCCCAAAGCCCCCCAGGUUAUUUGCAGGCUCAACAGAUCCCUCCUCAGGCAUAUCAGUUUCCCCUUCUUUCCCUCUGAGUUCUUCUGAGGAGCUUAUGGACAUCACUCCUACAGGAAUGAGUAGCCAAGAAUGCCUGGCCACUGACAAAAUCCGGACUUCCACUCCCACUGGAAAUACGACCAGCCCCGCCAAACACGAGGACCUUGUGAUCUCAGCUCUUUAGUAUAGGAGAGGAGGGCACAAUUAGCCAAUCCCAUACAGUGAGCCGUGGGAUAGUACUUGGAGAAGCUGGUCACCGGACAGGUGAGGUUGAGAAGGAUGCAUGGGGAAGGGUGUCAUUCCUUCCUAGGUGCUACAUUAAUGGCACCACAGAGGAUGUACACAGGAAAGAUGCCACACCUUGGGCACUGUCCUUUAGUUAGGGAGAAAAGCACUGCCUAACAGCCUGCUGCUUUUUGAAGGCCUCAUUCACUGAAGUAAAAUAGUUGGUUUCCCUACCUCAGCAUAUUUGUUUAACAUGAGGGCAGAUCCCCUGCCUUUCCUGCUGAAAUGAGGAAGUUACUGUCCACAGGCUGGAGGACCAGAGUUACAGAAGCUGAGAAGUCAGCUGAUGCCCCUAUAAUCAUGUUAGAAUCAAGGAAAAUUGUGACUUUGGGCCCUAUUGCACUAGUAUGUCAUAUUUUACCCAAGCACCUGUUCAUCAUUGUCAUCAUUGUGAUUUAUUUUUUUAUUCAGCACACUUUCCUGUUUAUAAUAGUUAAGGCUGUAUUCCAGAGGAACACAGCCACCCACUUCCUCACCAUGACUGGGUGCAGUGAAAAUUGGGAUGGGGCUGUGUGUUUUGCUCCCCUGAUUGUCUCUGUGUUCAGUGAUAACCAAGCUUCUUCUGAGAAGAAAGAAAGUGCAUGUACUGGAGAGUUGAGGGCCAGUUCCACAUUUCCUCAUCCACCAGAGGGAUGAGUGGUCUUUCGGGUCUCACAGCAUUGUAUAGCUCCCCAGAUCACUAUGAACUAGUGACAAUCUUGAUCUAGCCAACAUAAUUUUCAUCUCUGUUUGCAUGGAUUAAUUGGUUUAAACGGACAUUUGUUAUUCAAGACGCUUGCCUACCCUGCACUAUCCCCCGAAUGCUUCUGUCUGGACCCACUUCAUUCAUGACCUUUCAUUCACCUGUAGUAUCAUGGCAGACCAGUGUUGGUCUGUCCCUGAGUUCAGGGGAAAGGUGGACUUUUACUGCAUGUUGAAGUCUUAUAUAUGUUUACAGAGCUACUAAGCAUUUGGGAGGUAUUAUGUGAACAGCAAAUCCCUGCCCCUUCACAUCCCUGCUCCCCACAACAUGGGACCUGAGGCAUCAGUGGGAUGCACAGAAGGUAUGGUUAUUAGGAAGCCUUCUUAAAAAGAAAGGACAGAGUGCUGGGAUUGAUCCUCUGGGUUGAUAACCAUUCACCCAUCCUACUAUUAGGAGCUUAUCAACAUCACCUGACUCUACAACAUCUCAUGAAAUUAUAUCACAGCCACUAGUCCUGCAACUUGGUGCUCAUGACUGAGAUCAGCAGUCAUGACAACACAGUGGUGCUGUGUAAAACUGCAGGGAUUUUCUAGUGAUGAAAAUAGGAGUGAAAGAAUAUUUGCAUAGGAGGUUAAACAUACUGUGACCUACAUUUCUUUUAAUAUAUUAACAUAUAUUACAGAAUGUGGCAUUAAUGCAGCAGAACUCAUUGCUGGCUUAUUCUGCAUGCAGUCUCUGGGUUAUACAGCAUACUGGGCAUGCAUUACAGCCUGGCAGGUACUUCCCUGAUAAAUCCCCUGACUUUGCAGACUCAUGUCCCCAAGCCAGCUGCCAAAACUGGGGAAGCUCUCAAAUUUAUGGCAAAUUCCAGUUAGGAGGAACUGAAGAAGAGUGGGAGGUUCACCUGCAAUGUCUUGGUGGACCAAUGCUGGUCUGUCUCUGAAUUCAGGGAGGGGGAAGCACUCUUUCUGGUGACUGAUAGUGCAGUCCCAUGCAUGUCCAAAAGUGUGCUUAGAAUCGCAGUCUUAGUUCUGUUAUCUAAGGACACUAUAUUUCAGGUUGUUGUCAUGCAUAUUCUUACAUACAUGUGCAUCCUUGCUUGGAAACAUGUCUUCAUGGGACUUCCUUCUGAGUGAACAUGCACACAGCUGAGCUGCAAAUAAAUGAGUAUAAAACAACACACAUUCCAUUAAUGUCAGUAGGGAUUGGGGAAUAUGUUAGCCCUCCAGGUACUGUUGGAUUGCACUUCCUUCCAGUUCUAGCCAACAUAGCCAACAGUGAGGGAAAUAGGAGUUGCAACCUGGCAUGCUACAAAUUUCCAAUCCGGAGGUAAAUGCUUUUACGAUAAUUGAAUUGGUGAAGUGAGAUCUUUUGAUCUAAAAUAGUGGUAUUCAACAUGACAACAUAAGGGUUAAUUGCCUUUUCUACUGUGAAGUAAUUAUGCAUUGAAGUAUUGAAACUUUAAUUUCUAAAAUCCCGCUAUUAAAAAAAAAAGUUAAUUCUGUUACUUACUAUUUAUCCAAUCUGACUUAAGAGUCCAGCUUUUCUCAACAACAUUCUAGUUUGGAAGAAUUAUUUCUAGCUUCUAAGCAUCAAUUUAAAAAUGCAUAUGUAUGUUGAAAAAUUACAGCUUAGUCUGACACAUGUCUACCCUGAUGUAAGUUCCAUUGAGUUCAGUGGGACUUGCCCUUAGGAAAUGGAUUGCAGCUUUAUCUACCACGUUUAUGAUACGCUACACUGUGGUCAUUAUAAGAGCAAUUGCUUUGGCUCACUGCUGGUCUUGGCGGCUGUUAGCUAGACCUAGACUGACAGAACACUCUUCUUCACUGAAGACACAGUAGGAAAAUGUGAGUGAUUAAAGAUAAAUGUAGAGGAGUUUUCUAUUAUUUUUAGGGAAAGCACAUAAUAAACUGCAACAUUUGUGAUGAAAGUGAGGAAGGCAGGAGUGUUGCAGAAUUUAAGCUGCAGGUACUUCUAGUAGAUUAGGCUCACAAGGCUGGACAGUCUCCUUGAGGUCCGAUACAGCUCAAGUAGCCUGUUAACCUUGCAGGGACAUUGCCUUGUGAAUUGAGCUAUGAUUCAGUGCUAAUACUUGGCACCUAGAAGCGCUUUAAACUUCAAAGCACUUUACGAAUGCAGUGAAUGAAUUGUCCCAACUCUUGUGGGUCAUGGGUAUGUGGGGUGGGAGGAAGGGAGGAUGCAUGGGUAUGUGUGUGCAGUGUAUCUACUGUAUUAUUAGGUGGAGGCAGUGCUGUCUCUGAAAAUCUACCAAGGCUAACUGAAGACAGUUCUUUGCCUUAGAAGGUUACUUUCCAGUUGGAGAGCAAGGUUGGAAGGCACUAGGCAGAAAAGGUUUUAAUGGUUGUUUCAGUGGUGUUCAGUUUGUGAAUGAUGGAUCAAACUAUUGCACUAGAAUGUCAUGCCUAACCUGAGCACCAUAUCCUUGUUGUUUCAUGGGUUUUGUUGAUUACUGCUAUGCUUAAAACUGAUUGUAUCCUAAGGAAGUCUUCCUUGUCAGUGGUAGGAAGAAUCAGAUUGUCUUAAUUUGAUACAGGGUAUCAGCAUGUUCUGUGACUGUUGGGGCUUUACCCAGAAAAUAUACAAAUUCUGGUGACUCACAUUCUUGCACUGACCAAGAGAGGCAAGAGGGAAAUGAGAAUUGUUGCUGAACAUUUAUUUGCUGCAUCACAUCAGAGUGUCCUGUUUGAAUUAUUUACCAUUUUCUUGAGAAAAUCAGUCUCCUAGCUAAUGUUGGCCUUUUUAGUAAAACCAGGUAGUACAUCAACACUUCUCAAAUACACCUUUUUUUACUAUUAGCUAUAGUGUUCUCAGUAUAGUAAGUAACUGGAAAAUAACAUACUGCUGACAUGAAUGCUGGCUGACCUGUUGAAUUUCAUGCCUAAACACAUUGCUACCUCUUUCAUUCACACUGCAUAUUGCUGUUCACUGUAUCUGUUCCCUGUUCUCUGAUCAAUCAGUCUUCAGAUGUCAUUCAAUCAGUUUGAAUGUCAUUACCAUCUUUUACUUGGUCAACAAAAGCUGGAUGGAUUUUCAGUGGAAUUGCGCUAUUGUCGAAAGUUUGGAACAGAGUGGGCCCAUUAAUUUUUACUCACAAGCUGGAUUUUGUGCACUUUAACAGUGGAAAAAUAUGAACAAAAGACCCAUAAAUAUGUUGAUGAAAUGUUGCCAAAGAUACCUGCACAUGGGUUAUCUUCCAGCCAACACUUAGCAUUUAAUGCCUCUUAAACACUUCUGUGGAAGGUUUUAAUGGGAAUUUUUAAUAACUUUAAGUGGCCGUAAUGGAAUAUAAUCCAGGAACAUAUGCAGAGAACACAUCAAGUGUUAUCUUUGGGAAGAAAAAAAACUCCAUGGUUUCUAUAGCUCAAAAGAUAUUUCACUCUCACUAGUUGAAUGACAAAUCUCUUUUGAAAGUGUUUAUUUUACAAACUUGCCCAAAUACAAGGUGUAACAACAUGCCUGUCCUCUUGAAUAAUUCUUGGCAGACUGAGCAUGAGCUUCUCCCGAAGUAGAACUUGUGCCGCCACCGACUCUUUCCCUGAUGCUCAUGCAGCCACACGUGUGUCCAUCCCCCCUUUAUGUUUGCUGCUGUGGGCAGGCUUUUGGGUUACUGUCAAGAUCUCAUGUCAGAUCCAGAGACCCAAAGCAGCACAAUUCUGAUUCUGCCACAAUUCCCUUCUAAACAUACGGUUGUACUUGUAAUCCAAAAUCUUUUUUAUACUUGAUUUUCCUGAUGCUACAAUAUUCCACCUCUUUUCUUCCAACCUUUCACCCUAGUUGAAACGCUGACAGCAUAUCACUGCUUCAAUAUUUUACUUGUACACAGCUCAGUCAUUUUAAAACUAAAGACUACCUCCAUGGGAGUGCUUCUGUUGCAAGAAACUAGGUUUGCUCGACACUCCAAGUACAGUAGCUUGAAUUAGGCAAUUACUACUCUUCUUCCCUGUGGAAUGUGGUGUCACAGGUGUCUGGGAUACUGCCUAUGAUGAACACACAAUUCCCUCUUUGCAUCAUUUUAAAAACCUUUUUUGUGUGUGUUUUGUUCUUCCAUACAUACAUGUUGACUUACACAACUACUGCUGCAACAGUAGUCCGGCGUCAGUGUUGUUUGUUUUCUUUUACACUGCAAAAAUAAAUUAGGGAUGUUGUUUCCCAACAACUAAGGAAACCUUGAUUUCCCUCUACUGGAAAGCUAGUGCUAAAGCAUUUGUCCAACAGUGAUAAGUUAAUGGCUUGUAUUUUCUUCCACCCAUUAUGUGGUGAUGUGAAACUGUACUAGUGGUGCUGGAUUGAAACUAGCGCAUAUUAGUGCUAAAAAGAGAAUGUUACAGAAGUCAUCCACUGAAAAUGCCUUAUACUUGGUUGGAUUAUUGGUCUAUCUUACCCUUUAUGUUCUACUUUGACAAUGACUCUCUAGCUUCCACCAGAGACUUUUCUUCCCAAGACCCUUUGUAACUGGGGAUGCUAAAGGUUGUAGGCUCUUGUACAGAAAGGCAUAUGUAUCACUGAACUGCCCUAAAAGAAAAGCAAAUAGAAUAAAAUUAUUUCAUUAUAUGGAAAGAUCCCUAGGCUGAGGCAAUAUUUCUAUGAAAUAUAUACCUGGGCUUCCUCUAGUCACUCUUGUGUGAAGUAUAGUAAAUAGAAUUUGAAUAAAACAUAGGCCUUGAAAUUCACCCAAAAAAUUAUGUGAUAGAAAUCUGCAGCUUCUUUCACAAACUGUUUAGUGGUUUGCCUUGUUUCCAAUUCCCAUGUUAACAUGAACCCAUGUUAAUUUUUAAUUGUUUGGGCUUUUUAUGGCUCCCUGCUUUAAAUGAAAAGGCUUUUUAUACCAAACACUCUCAGUUUUAAAACUCUGAUAUACAGUUACAAGCCAUUUCUCACCGUUGUUUCAAAGGAAGUGAAUCAAAAUUGUAUGAAAGCAGCUUAUUCUUGUAGGACCAGGUUGUUUCAGUCCUGAAGUGGAAGCUGAAAUUGAGGGCAAGUUUUAUGUGGCGGGAAGGAACUUAUGAAUUGUUCAUGGGAGCUAUGCUGCUUGCCUUUUAGAUCCAUGUUCAUUUGUUCUCUUUUUCCUUUCCCCUCCUUCAUCAAAAGAGAGCAAGAAUGCUGUCUUUGUUGGCCACUGGAUGCCAUCCUCCCCUGCAAAAGUCAAUAAGAACAGCACAGUUACCUGGAGGUAAACCCAAGUGAAUAUAUGGGACUUACUUAUGAAUCAACUUGGCAUAGGAUUGUGCUGCAUGGCACAGGUGUACAGUUAAAGACAAUGGCAGCACAGGCUGUACUUGACAUGGUCAAAGGGAGGUAAAGCAAAAGGACAUAGGACCCCAGCUGCUCCUAUGUCUUCACCACUGCCAGGAGGGGAACACCUUUAUCCACUGUCUGCUCCACUAAGCAGACUUCUAUAAGUAGAGAUUAGUUACUCAUCUUGCCCACUUUCUGUUAUGGGGCACAGCACUUUGAUGCAUAUCUAGGGCUCAGUCAAAGUUAUUCUAAAACAAGAUUUAGGAGGGCAACAAAUUUUUAGCGGUGGAAGGGGGAAUCUUCAUUUGUAGAACAGUCUGAACAAUACACAGUGAGAGUAAAUAAUAAGAAUCAGAUAUAUUAGUUAUUCAGGCAAUCCUUUUCUGGAUGGUUUCUGUAACUUUGUGUGUGCUAAUCAGUGGAGCAACUUCUAGUUCUCUUAGUUUAAAUUCUCAACUCUUGAUCCUCUGUAGCUUCUUGAUGGUUUCUUUCUACAGCCAUGCUCUAAACUUCAGUCCUAACUCUCUCAAACUCUCUCUCCUUUCCUUCCUCUUUAGAUAUAUGUUUUUUGUAUAUUUUUUGCUCCUUUUAAACUCUUAUUUCCCAAUUUAUAUUACUUUCACUUUUCCUCUUAACCUUUUGGUCAAUCAGAAAGGAAGCAAAGUCCUAAUUAAGUUUCCAUCUCUCCUUAAUUAUUAGUUACCAGGGUUGAACUGUUGGCCUUUCUGUAAGCUCAUUCCUCUCCUUGAAUAAUAGAUUCCUGAGCUGAACACUUUCAACCCUCUUGGUCAGAACAGCCUUUAGAAAAAAUAGCAACCAUUGUACAAGUCCCAAAGUCCUAACAUAAGAAGGCUGUGAGUUUCAUUCCUUCAGAAAAGCCCAUCUGUUGCAUGCACCCCUUAUGUUUUAAGAUGCACUCCUUAAAAGUGUAACAUAUAACUAUACACUAGCAUAAGUUUGUAAAUGGUUGUAUUCACAUCCUCUCAUAAUUUCAUUUCCAUCCCAUUCAUUUUCUCUUUAUUUUUCUCCUGCAUGUAUGUUUCUAUAUAACUAUGUAAGGGUGCCAAUGCAUAGGUAUGUGCCUUUCUGUUACUGAGGCUAUCUUUACCCUCUUUGAUACUGAAUAAGAUGGAUGGAAUAUCUGCUUUGCCCCUUAGCAAGAAGUGUUUGUCCUCCUAUAGGGUUAACAGAGUCCUAAGAAAAGAAAGAAGGAAAAAAAGCAGGUGGGUAGGAUUUCAUAGCUAAUGCAAUCAUGGAUGAAUGAAGCAGGGAAGAGUAGAAUAUUUACCCAUCUUACACUAAUAUAUUUGAGUCUUAAUGGCCUUCUGUGAACAGUGCCUAAACUAUAGCUCUAUGUGAGCAGUAAGGGCAUAACUAAGGGUCUAUAUGAGUUAUUUCCUAGGCCUGUUAUUACCCUAGCACCACAGUCACCUAUUCCAAAACUUGGAUGUCUUCCAUCUGCUUCUUGAUGCUGCCAAAUGCAGUUAUUUCUAGGUCUCCAGCUUCUUACUUUUGAUCAAAACUUCACACUGUCUCGUAUUAAUUGAAGGUAGCUUUGGACAAGUUGUCAUAUUGUCACCUUGUGAAGAAAUCCAGAUGUACAGCACCAUCACCUUUUUGCCUGACAACCACAACCAAGUACUUAAUAAGCACAAAUGAUUACUUUGCUGCCUGUAUUUACUGGUAUUUUAAACAUUCUUUAUUGGGGUUUUGUUUUGUUUUAAAUGAAGCAAGCAUAGCAAAGGCAGGGGGAAGAACAGGAAUUAAAGGACAAGGGUAACAGGAUACAGCCCCUAAGUAAAGAGAAGAGCUUAGGCAUAACCAUGUUGAACAGUAUUUAAGGAAGGCAACUGAAUGAAUGGACACACACACACCAAAGUGUGUGGUCCAGAUAGAUCUCUGGGAAAUGUUACCCAAAGCUGCAUAUUCAAACAUAGAAAAAGCAGUGAUGUCCUCUUUCUUCUCUCCACUGAAGAACUGGCAGUGGAGAAUUGUCUUUCUGGUGUUGAGAAUUUUUCUCAACCAUGAGGGUUUACAAGAUCCAUUUUUGUUGGCUAUUUGACAGUUCCCAAACCAUAGGAAUUCAAUUCAGGAAUAUGUGGACAUCUGUGAACAUGAGUGAUGUCUAUAACCUGCCCAUCCAGUGCAGAUCUCCAGCCUAAAGAGAACCAUUAUGAAGCAGGUCCACUGUGUAUGUGACAGAGAAUCAAAAUCACAGCGCCCACACCUAGCAGAAGUGGACAGGGCUGGAUUUUUUAAAAAUAUAUGACAUCUAGUAUGUUUGAAAUAAUUUCUAUUGAAUUAAUGUUGAUUUUUGGCAUAUCAAAUUUAGGCUCAUGCAGCCAUUCAACACGGGUAUUUAGCAGUCUUAAGAUCACUGUGGAAUAUAAUUCCCUGUUUUGGUUUUCAAUCUUUGAACAUUCUUCAGUGUCUUGCAGUCAGGAAUAGUUUACAUUAGUGGUGCUCCUCAAUGUGUUAGCAAAAUUUACAAGCACCCACCUCCCACACACACACUCACACACAGCUUUCUCUUUGACUCUGCUGUAUUGCAGUUGUGUGUGUGGACAUGGCAUUUAAUGCAAGAGCAAGGAACCCUUUUGAUCUCCAUUUCCAAUACAGGAGACAUCUCAGGCUGGAUUCUGGGAAGGACAAUGUGAAUCAAUAUGUUCUGAAUGUUUACUCAUUAGUAAGGCCCAUUGAAUUCAGUUAAACUAAAUUAGAAAAUCACAGGAUACGUAACUGUUGGACAUUUACUCAGAAGUAAUUCUUUUAAACUUCAUUCCAAGUAUGUGUGCCUAGAUCACAGGGAUCUCAGGCAUGCAGUUCCAUUAGUGGCCACAUAAAUUCCUGAUCCCUCUGUACAGUUCUUGACACCAAAACAAAGAUCCACUUCACAUCCCUCCAUAUGUACAGAAAGGUCAGAAAGAGAGUCACAAAGUGAAGAGUGCACCAUAUUCAAAACACUCUGCAAACUGGCCCAUCCCUAUCCAACAGGAGUUCUAUGUAGCAGCACAGUGUAGACCCAUAAGAGAACCCCACAGUGAAAAGUUUAGCCCUGACCAAGUGGGACUCUGUGGAAACAAGGGAAGAAAGUGAAAGUGAGCUCUGAAGAAUGAGCAGUCCCAGAAAGAAUGGGAGACUAAUGAAGAGCUCUAAAUAAAAAGGAAGAGAAAAAACCUCUGAAAUUGGAAGAAGCAGUCCAAAGCAUGGCGGAGUGCUUUCUUUUGCCUUCUAGAUUUCUAGGGGCAUUUAAGCAAUACGGUUUAGGCCGGCUAAAGGCAAAGAAGAUCAAGGGAACCUGGACAAGUUUUGAGGGGGACAAGGGGAGUGUGGCUUGGUGGGCCACAUGGGGCUACCAGCCCAGAAGCUCCCUGCUGCUGCACAAAGAAAUAUCCUGACCUUUUCACUACCUGUUCAGGGUAUGCCCCAAGUUGUAUUCAUAUGUGGUUAUAUGCAUCUCUUAUCAACCUUACCUGAUACAGGUGAGUAAAGUAAAUGUGACUCACCUGAUUUAUUUCCUAUGGAUAAUUCAUUGCUUUCUCUUUACAAAAGCCCUUGUGUUGGGUAAUUAUUCUCUCUGAGGAUGUUUACACACAAAACAAAGUUGCAUUGUCUCAGAUAUAUUGCAGACUGACUGAAACAAUUGCUGCUUGACUUCAGAAAUGCACUUUUUUGCAGCAGGGGCAGAAUUUCAACUGCUUUGUACCAGGCCCUUCUCAGAAUGAUAACAUAGCAUAAUUCCCCUUUUUUUUCAAAUUGCUUCAGAAUGAUCCCAACGAUCAUGUCAGAUGUGGAAUGGAAAUUAAGAAAUGUUUACCAUAUGCAAGGUUUUGUUGUUGUUUUUUUGUAUGAAUGUGAGGGCCAGCUCUACUCCAUUUCUCACUGGAGACAUUUAUGCAGUCUGUUAUUGGAGGCAUAUUAUCAUAAGAGAUAAAACUGGAUUUGUACAAUUAACAUGAUAUAGCCAAGAGUAUUGCUCAUGCAUUUGAUUGAGAUGUUAAGCUCUUUCAAAUCCACUGCUCAUCUGGUUGUAUUUUUCAGCUGUCUGUUGAGAUUUAGAAAUUAAAAACUUUCUCCCAAAAUAUAUAUUUAAAACUUUCAGCAAGAUUUGCCUCAGUAAAGAAGUCACCUUUAACUGUCUUUAAAUUUAAGAUCUUCAGAUACUUCCAAAAUUUACCCUUGCAAACUCAAUUUCAUUGUUUUGUUGCUUUUCAUAUUUCAUCAGUUACUGCAAUCCAGCAAAAUUAAAAGGCCAUUAAGAGAUCUUCCAAUUAAGAACCUGAGCAGCUAUGGAAGAAACCACUACAAACACCUUCACUCUUGUACAAAAGCAAUCUAGAAUGAUAUGGCAGGGAUCUUUUCAUUGGGAUGGAAAUGUGUCCAUAGCUCAGUGAUGGAUGCCUAGCAUCUCAAGUUAAAGGAUCUCAGGUAGCUGAGUUUCAAUCUUCAGUCUCUUGCCAUCUAUUUCAUGACUUAAACAUUUUUUCUCAUGCCUUCCCAUGUAAAUGGGAACUUGCCAUCAUAAAAAUUGUAGCUAUGUAAUGUCAUGCCCACUCAACAGGACAGUAUCAAUCACUGGGAGAACAAAACCAAUUAAGAUGAUACUUUGGAAAGAAUAUGACAAUCUUAUUCUGUAUACAAACUGUCCUUGUGCAUAUUGCUGCCUCACUUUAGUGUUACUUUCUCUUGUUUUCCACCUCAAUCCAGACCUCUGUUGUGCCUUUGUUGUUUUGAGAUGCAAGGAGAGGACACAAUGCCAAGUGGUUUCAUUCCCUCAUUUCCAUGUGCAGUUGUGAUGUGCAGGAGAGAUGGCUCUUGCAGCUAGCCCUCUUUCUUCACGUGGCCAAAUUGGCCAAAUUUCUUGUGUCCUCACCUCCCUCAGGUUGUCUUAACAAGUGCCAAUAGCAAUGCUGUCUAAAGCGGGCUUUCCCAGUACUCAUGGCAUACCUUCAAGUCAUCCUGUUGGAUGAGAUUGUUGACCCAUCUAGGCUGCAAACAGUGUUGGUCAGGGAGCAUGCCUGAAAGCAACAUGUAGAAGUAUGAGUGAGACUAUUCAGUACAUUGACCCAUUUCAUCAAAAACUGUAGCUAGAAUUUCCAUGUGUGAGUGCUGAUGGUGCAGUUUGCUUUGAAAAGAGCAAAGCUGGCUGUUCUGCAAAAGUAUAAAACUUCCACUUGAUUUGCACCAGGUUUUGGAGAAAUGAUCUCCUCAGAUCAGGUGUUCUAGGCUGUUGACCAUUUUCCUAUGUUUCAGUUCUCUAUUAAGCAUGACCAAUUGGGUUCCAUCCAUUUUUCAUGCUUUUGGAAAAAGUAAACCAGUAGAUACUGGCUGGCAUAACACUGAACAAGUAAAUACAGUGCACUGCAGGGAAAAAAAAUGUUUUGUUGCCAUUUAUUGGGAUCCGCCUACCUGUUUAUCACAAACUUGGUGAGGCCCGGUUGUUCAAAAUACUGUGUUCAUGCUGCAUGGGUCUCUACCGUUGGGCUGUGUUCCAGUCCCAAUUACUGUGCUAGCAUUCAGUCUGUCUUAUUAGUACUUAACUGCAUGGCCUGUCAUGUAUUUGCCCAGUUGGGGCAUUUUGUGUGUACAGUUGUUAUCACACAGGAGAUGCGACUGAUAGAGCACUAUAAUACUUAUUAUUAAUGUUCAUAUCAGCAUGUCAGCAGUGCCUGCUUGCAGACACUACCUUGCAGAAAAGAUUCUUAACUAAGAUCAUGACACAGUAGCCUGCACUUACUCGCCUCUCCCAAGUUGCUACAGUUCUAGAAAAAGCAAAUUUAAAACCAAGAAACUCAUACCCCACUUCUGGAAUAUCAGCCUUAUUUAACAAUAUCCAUUUAGCACUGGUGGUCAGGUGCUGCUUGCCACCCAUGUCAUCAAAAUGUUGGGCACGAUAGGAGGGAUGUCAUUGUCUUUUAUAAUCCUUUCAAUUAGCUUGACUUUUUGUUGGCACGCCUGUAAUGUUCACUGCCUGCCUGCCUGCCUGCCUGCCUGGCCUCUGGCUUCCUAAGCGGGGGGGCAACAGCCAGCUAAUGUCCCUUUUCUGCCCAACUAUGCUCACUUUCCUUGUUGUGUGAGUGGAAGAUACUUAAAUGGAAUCAAUGUUGUGGAGCACUCAGUUGUAUUUAUGGAAUCUUGAGUUUAUGGGAGCUUCAGCCUGUACGAGGGGCAUUGCCAAAUGCUUUCUGCUAUUCAAUAAGGUUUGUGUACAGAAAAUUCCUUUCCUUUCCUUUUGACAGCAAUCGCAAUCUCUCUGUAUGAAAACCCCACUGCUUGUACUAAUCCUCUUUUACGGUAUCUCGUCUGCUGGGGCACAUUGGAGCCAGGCAUUUACCAGUAGACCCCUGCUUCUUGAUUGUUUAGUCAAAAAUUUCCUCCUUUUGAGGGACAAAAGUGGCAAGUUUCCACCUUAUGCCUUUGAUCCUAUAGGAUUCCCACUCAUGGAUUCUAGAAAGCCUUUGUAUGCAACCAGUGAAGAGGCAGCAAAGUAUCCACAUAUUGCUGUCUCUUGCAAAGUCACUCAUUUACCUUUUCCAGGAAUGCUAUCUGUUGGGUCCCUGCUCUGAUUUGCCCCAGCAUGAAGGCUGUAGGGAACUCUGAGCACUCUACAUGUGUGAUUCUCAUAUGACUUUUUUACCUAUGUAUGAAAGAUAUGAACUAAUAUUGCUGUAAAGAAAGAUACAAAUUAUUAUAGCAUAUUCUAUAAAUAUAUAUGUAUAUAACAGUUCUGUA